UCUCGCAGUGUUUUGACUGGAGGCAGAUCCAGUUCAGGCCGAUCAGGGCUGUGGAAACAACUACCAAGUGUCUGUCUGCUUCACCCCGGGAGGAGAGAGUGUGGCCAAGGAGCUGGGAAGAGAAGAGCGCUUGGGAGGACCCUGGGGACUUCUGCCUUGCCCCGCCCCCCACUGAUCUAAGGCUGUCAGAGAUGACGCUGGUUCUGUCCAUGAAUAGAUUCUGCGAGCCCAUUGUCUCAGAAGGAGCUGCUGAAAUCUCCGGGUACCAGACGCUAUGGGAGGCUGACAGCUACAGAGGUGCAAGCCCCCCAGGGCCAGCACAGGUUCCUUUACAGACAGACCAAGCAGCCAGCCCACAACUGGCAGGAUCGCACUACAGGGGAAUUUCAAAUCCUGUCGGCGCAUCCAAGGUCACAUACUUCAAGAGGAAGUACGCCCCGGAGGAGGAUCUUCACCCCCCCCUCAGCAGCUGCAGCCACACAACCAUCUCUGUUUUUGAGGAGCGAGCCCACAUCCUUUACAUGUCCCUGGAGAAGCUCAGGUUCAUCGAUGACCCGGAAGUGUACCUGCGAAGAUCCGUCCUCAUUAACAACCUGAUGAAGAGGAUCCACGGGGAAAUCCUCAUGCAGAACAGCUGGUGCCUCCCCGCCUGCUCCCUCGGUGGCACCUCCGCCCAAGAGUGGUUCCUGGCCCAAGACUGUCCUUACCGGAAACGGCCCCGGGUGGCCAAAGAGGAGUGGGAGAAAGUCCACACUUGCUGUUUGUACCAGGAGUGUGGCGACCACUGCCUGAAUCUGCCCUUUUCUGUCAAUGCCGGUGUUGGAAGCAAUUCUGCUGCUGCCCCGGCUGCUUCUCCCUCUACGCCCCCAUCCUCCUCCUCCUCCCCAUCCUCCUCCUCCCCAUCUGCCUCCUCCUCAUCCUCCUCUUCCUCUUCCCCUCUGCCAUUGCCUAGCUGUUCCCACCAUGUGGACUUUGAGAUAGGCAGCGCCCCCAUCUACAAGAGCGAUGGCCAGAUACCUGCCAAUGAAAUUUUCGUCACUAACAUUAGGUCACUUGGUGUCCAGGAAAAGGCCAAGUUCAGCGAUGGGAAAGUAAGUCACAACGCCAGCAAAGACAGUGCCGCCCUUGGCCAAGAACCUCUGGGGAGCGACCUUGACUUUGAGUGCAAAGGUCAAUUCUAUGACUAUUUUGAGACUGGGUACAAUGAGAAAAGCCACAUGAGUGAGUCUUGGAAGAAGUCUUUGAGGAAAAAGGAGCUUUCCCCAGGCACCAAACUAUGCUGCAGCAAAGGAAGUAAGAUGUGACCGUCCUCCCGCCGGCACGCACAAGGACGCGCAGCAUGACCAGCUUCUGUCUCGAAUGGAUUCUGUAGUUUUGUACAACUGAUAACAGUGUGCAGUGAACACUCUGUGUUGUCUCACCGCCUGGAGAACAGACUGCACAAACGUCUGUACAGUAGGCAUCCCAAGCCGCCUGUUAAUGUGAUUUUCCGAGGAAAGCCAACUUUGUGUUUGAAAGUUUAUCUUAGUUUUCUUUUUUUAAAAAAAAAUUAGUAGAUUAGGUUGAGGACAACAUGCUUUUGUUAUAGUCCCACUGCCCCUCCAAGAAGCCCGCCAAAUCUGUAUGACAGCAGAGUUGUCUGCUUCUUCCGUAGAUACAGCAUUUCCUUCUGAGUGAAAGGCUGAAGACAGGAAGAUAGAUGGUUUCAUGAGUUGUGACGUGUUUGUAUUGGACGGUGAGACAAAAUGAAACACACCUGGCGGGCAGCAGUGUAGGAGCUGUGGAGACUGUACCCUGCGAGCUCCUCGCUUGCCUGUGCUGGGUAGUGGGUGACUAGAGAGGUGUAGGGGCCGUCUCUGAUGGACUCUGUAGGGAGGAGGUGUAUAUGACCAUGUCUGAAGGGCUCUUUAGGGGGGAGGUGGACACGGCUGUCUCUGAUGGGCUCUGUAGGGAAGAGGUGUAGGGACCAUCUCUUGAUGGGUUCUGUAGGGAGGAGGUGGACACAGCUGUGUCUGACUGGACUCUAGAGAGGAGGUGGACACAGCCAUCUCUGAUGGACUCUGUAGGGAGGAGGUGGACAUGGCCGUCUCUGAUGGAUUCUGUAGGGAGGAGGUGUAUAUGGCCGUCUCUGAUGGGCUCUGUAGGGAGGCGGUGUAGGGACCAUCUCUGAUGGGCUCUGUAGGGAGGAGGUGUACAUGGCCGUCUUUGAUGGGGCUCUGUAGGGAGGAGGUGUAUAUGGCCGUGUCUGAUGGGCUCUUUAGGGGGGAGGUGGACACGGCUGUCUCUGAUGGGCUCUGUAGGGAAGAGGUGUAGGGACCAUCUCUGAUGGGCUCUAUAGGGGGGAGGUGUACGCAGCCGUCUUUGACCGGGCCGUCUUGAUGUCAUGACAAGGAAAGUGGUGUACAGGGCGAUCUUGGGUGCCUUACUUAUCUUAAUUUUUGCCAAUGUGAAAAUUAAGGAUAAAUCAGAGUUACAGCAGGGAUUUAACAAAUAGUAAAAAAAAACACAGGGUGGAUCCAUGCGGUUUGGAAACUUAACUUUGAACUAUUGCGUUCAACUUUUGAUUCACCAUCCUCUUCUUCCUUUGUUUUUAACGCCCAGUGGCUGUGGGACGGCCAUGGGAAGAGCGGAAGCGGCGUAGGCUCUUCCAUGGACACCGUCGUUGGGUCUGGGCUUUGGGCUGUUCUGUUUCCUUGUCCAGUGACGUACACGGCCCGUGGCAUGUUUUCUGUGCGUCACACUUUGACCUGUUUUGCAUCAUUUCAUGAGUUUAGACUCCUAAGAGCAUGUGGUUUCUAUAUAUGACUUUCGCUGUUGAUUGAGAAGCACAAUGUUAAUAGAUGACGUGGUGAUCAAUACGUUUUUAUCUUAAAGAAUGUAAAGACUGUAGGUUGCGAAACGUUAUUUUGGAGAAAUGGGACUCUCCCGUCAUUGUUACCUGGGUAUUUGGCCAACACACUGUUCAAACAAGACCUUGGAUUUGCACAUUGCCGUGUGUCCUCAGCGGCUCUCUGACCCAGUCCGGCCAGCUCCUCCUGGUAAAACGUAUUCCCGUUUCCAAGGCCAAACACUGGCCUACUUGGCUUGGGCUUUCUAAAAACCAUUGUUCACAGCAACCAAAUGCCAAAUGGAGGAGAUAUGUAAGUCCUCCCAGUUUCUCCAAGAUGAAGCUUUUUUAAUUAUUGCUAUUAAUAUUAAAUAGGUCUCAUUCAUACAGUGUAUGAGUAGAUCAUUUGGGAAAUUGUCCGCAAGGACCAAUUUUUAAAACAUGUUCCUGUGUUAUGGCUGAAUAGUCUAGUAAUGUUUUGUCCCUUAUUUUCAAUAUUUGAUGAACAUUUCGGUGUUGAAAUUUUAGGUGAUAGAUGCUAGUACAUGACUGUGUUGUAAUAAAAGUGAGGUUUUUCUUGAUAUAUAUUU